CGUUACUGACGCUCAAUGAACGCUUUGCCUGUCACCGUUCCUUCAAGAUAAAGAUACUUAAUUGAGAUUUUUGAGCAAAUGGAUUGAUCAUGGCGCUUGAUGAUAAAAAGACAUUCAUUCAAUUUUAUAAUUCCAGUUUUAUUCCUUCUAAAGAUCAAAGUAUUGUAGACAGAGGAAUUCGUAUAGACAACAGUGUCAUAAGACGGUACUGGCGUGACUACCUUUUCCGGAGCAGUAUCAGACUGUUCACGCGGGGAAGUUCUUGGUCAAGGACAUAUCAUGAAGUUCACGCUAGUAGUUGCAGCGACUGAGGAACUCGGCAUCGGUCUCAAAGCCAACCUACCAUGGCGGAUUCCCAAAGACAUGGCCUUCUUCAAGGCGAUCACCACUAAGAUUCCAAAGGAUUUUCCAAUUCAGGCAGCAGAGUCUUGUACCGUUCAGAAUGCUGUGAUCAUGGGAAGAGUUACAUGGGAAUCUAUUCCGCUAAAAUUUCGACCUUUAGACUCAAGAAAGAACAUAGUCAUAUCUCGAAAUACCGACUACGAUGUACAGACAAAGGACCAGACAGUCAAACUAGUUUCAUCAGUAGAGAGAGCAUUCGAAGUCAUAGACGCAUCAACAACCCCACGCAUCUUCGUUAUUGGAGGCGCUCAAAUUUACCGAGAAGCAAUUAAGCAUGCUAACUGCACGUCCAUAUUAUUGACUAGAAUACGGUCCAAAGUUGACUGCGAUACCUUCUUCCCAGAGAUCGACGACAGUCUUUUCCGACUGGCAUCGCAUGAAGAACUAGAAAAAUUUGUAGAAGAACAAGUUGCAGAAGGGAUACAGACACACAAUAAUCUCGAUUACCAAUUUACAAUGUAUGUUAAGCGUUAGUAUUACAAUAAAAAACGUAGGCGAGCACU